GGUGUAACGACCCAAUUUCCAGCCCAGUCACUUUGGCCCGCCAGAGCCCGUUAGUGUUGCAGGAAGCCCUUGGUGAGUCCAAUAUAUAAACCAUUAUUGCCAUUAUUUUAUUCCCCAGAAACCCUAAACAUUGUAACUCUACAGAGAUUGAGCCGUCACUCACAUCUGAGAUCGUACCGCCGCCACCACCACGUCCAGAGCCGAGAUCGACCAGUCCACCGCCGAUCCCAGCCGAAGACAACCAUCGUGAUCGUGACGUCGAGACGAGUCCGGACAAGGAAGAUCAGCCGGAGAGUGGCUCAGACGCGCCGUCACGCGCCGCAUUUGUCCCGCAACUUUCCGCGCGUGUAGCUCACGCGCCACCGCCGUCCGUCACACCCGCCGCUUCCCGUCGCCGCCGUUGAUUCCGAUUUGGAGUCUGUUUGAGCAGUUGGAGUUCAUAGCUACUACUUUUCCAUAUUGCUAAGGUGAGACUGACGACUAGGAGAUUGAUCGGACAGCUGGUGCUUUUAGGCGUUUUCCUUUAUUUUAUUUAUCAGACUUAUAUUUAUUAUUUCGACGAUUAUUUCAGUUAUUUCGACUAUGGGAUUUAUGGAUUUAUUUCGUUAUUUAUAUGAAAGUCGACUUUCAGACCUUUUUACGGAUUUGAGAUAUGAAUUGUUGAUUAGUAGCACGCCGGGCUCGAGUGUUAAAGAGACGGGUGUUACAAUUUGGUAUCAGAGCCGAGUUGUGUCUCGGCCCUGACCCGGGACGCCGGUUAGGGGACCUGAUUUUCAAAUUUUUUUAAGUUUUCAACGGUUUUCAAAACUUAGAAGCACCUCUCUGUUCGGUUAUUUUUCAGAAAUCGUUAAUGUCCCGCUUUAACAGAAAUUAAUCGUUUCGUCCAUUAUCUUUUCAGAUGCCACCAAGAAAGGGAACUAAGCGUACUCACACCGUUAGGGUCAGAGCUGAUGCUCGGGAAGUUGUGGAUGAGCAGGGUCCUGCAGGAGGUGUUCAGGCAGAGGGUGUGCAGCCUGCAGCCCCACAGUUUGAUCAGGCUGCGCUCAUGCAGAUUGUUCAGCAGGCAGCUACCCAGGCUGCUCAGGCUGCUAUCCAACAGGUUACGCAGGAAGCUACUCGUGUAGCUGCACAAGAUGCUGCCCGUGUAGCUGCACAGGAGGUUGCCCGUCAGUUGGCUGCUGGUCAGCAGGUUCCACCGCAGCAGAUUCCACCACAGCAGAUUCCACCGCAGCAGAUUCCACCUCAGCAGGUUCCACCGCAGCAGAUUCCACCGCAGCAGAUUCCACCUCAGGUUCCUGUGCAGGGGGUUCCAGGACAGCAGCUUCCUCAGGGUUUGCAGCCACCAAUACCACCACCUCCACCUUUACCGGUUUACCGGGUAUAUGAUGAGAGAUUUUACAGACUCACGACUCAGAUGCGGAACAUGGAUAUGGAGCAUUUUGGGGGAACAGUGGAUGCUACAGUUGCAUAUGAUUGGAAGCUUGGUCUGCAACGGAAAUUGGAGAUUAUUGAGUGUCCACCAGAGGUUUCACUUAGGUUGGCUAUGCAGUACCUACGUGGAGAUGCACUUGUGUGGUGGGAGGGAGUACGAUUGGGCCAUCGUGGGCCUGAUCCGCUUACCUUUGCAGAUUUUAUCCUGGAGUUCGAUAGGAAGUACUUCCCAAAAGAAGCUAUGGAUAAAAAGAAGAGUGACUUCGAGCAUGUGAGCCAGGGUGGCAUGACAAUCAGGGAGUAUGAGGUUGAGUUCAACCGACUUCGUAGGUUUGCAGGAGGUGGUAUUACUGAGGAAGACCUGAUUAGGAAGUUUUUGAGUGGGAUGCGAGUCGACAUUCGCAACAGAUGUCGUGUCGUCACUUACCACAGAUUGGGAGAUUUGGUAGAGAAAGCUGCUGAGCAGGAAGCAGGUUUGGCAGAGGAGCAGAAGCUCCUCAAAUCAUCUCAGACUAAGUCUGGAAAGACUGAUGAGUCUCAGAGGAGGACCAAGGACCAGUCGGAGGCACCGUAUUGUGCUCGUUGUCGUCGUCAUCACAGCGGAGAGUGUCCCAAGUGUUUUACUUGCGGAAGGUGGGGACAUUUGUCAAAGUAUUGUCGGGUGAGACCAGCGGAUGCGACUUCGGCUAGUCAGGUUGCAGCACCUACAGCAGGAAACAGGGUUUGUUACAAUUGUUAUGAGCCCGGUCAUAUUGCCAGAGAGUGUCCAAAGAAGGGGCAACCAACGCUCCCACCAGCUAAGCGUCAAGCCGUUGCUCCACGUGUGUAUGCCCUAGGAGAGGCCAAUGGAGCUGAGCCGAUAGCCGGUACGUAUCUUUGCCACACUCGUUUCUCUUGAGAGCUAUUGUGGUUGUGAUUACUAUGUAUAGUUAAAAAAAUUAUGUGUAGGAUCGGU